AUGCCAGAAAGACCCAUUUAUUUAUUAAACAGAGACGAACCAAGUCCUGAAGAAUUGAGAGACAGUGAAGAUAUUCUUUUAUUUUUACAUGAAGGAAGUUAUACAUUUAAGAAAAGUCAUGAAGAAAUAAAAUUAGAUCUAAUAAAUCAUGAUGUUGAACUCUACUUUAUAAUAACAGAAGAUGAAAUACAAGAGAAAUAUAAAACGUCGAGUUACGAUGAAUACUCAGUAGUUGAAUCACCGGAUGGCAAGUUAUACAGGUACCACGAGUUGAGUGUAUGUUGGUUGAAAGGAGGAUUUAUGGCGCUCCCUGAUACCAGGUCGGAAAAAUUGGAAGUUUACGUUGAUACCGAUUAUAUUCCUUGUAAAGAGAUAGAAGAUAUUGUUGUUGUAAAGAAAGGUACUAUUGACGAAAAGGAAAUUGCCUUACAAGGGUUAGAGAGAACGCAUUUUAAGUAUCCCGAAUAUAUAAUCAUGAAAGAAAAUAAAGUCCUAAUCAAGAGUUGGAUAAGGGAAUAUGAUGCAUAUAAAGAAGUCAAAGGUGAUAUAAAGGAUAUUGUUGAACGUAUGAAAUACGAUACUUUUUUACUGUGA